GGAACGCACGGCGAUGGUGGAGAUGGGUUGGAAUCGAGUAAACAACUCAAUGUGCUCCAAAAGAUUGCUAGAAAUAGAGUGGUGAAUAUUGUUGGUGCGAUAAUAUUAUCAAUUAUUUUAUUAUUGAGUAUUGGAUGUUGUGUUGUUGUUGGUGUGCUUCAUUCACAUUUGCUUUUCCAAUGUGGAUUUGCUGAAUUUAUAUUUAUGUUACUUCUUGAAGGCGCUACAUUCUUCUUCUGUAUUUAUCACUUGUACAAUAUUUACAAGUUUUUCAAGACUAGAGCACGACACUCUGGUAAGAAGGGAAUUUCCGCUAUUGUUGCUGCUUUAUGUUCAUCAGAAGUAAAUCAAUACAAUGCAUAUUCUGAUUCCAGACAAGGAAAUGAAGAAGAUGAUUUUGAUGAUGAAGAAGAUGAUGAAGAUGACGAAGAAGAGGAGGAAGAAGAAAGCAAAUUUUCCAAGUUUGUUGUCGGCUUUUUGAAGAUUGCUGCCAAUGCUAUUGCUGUUUUAUGUUUCAUCAUUUUGGUACUUUUCACAGUUGUUGUCGUUCCAUUGCAACAACAAACCUACCCAACUUAUAACGGUACUCUUAAACUUCCAAAGUUUACACCAAAGGGAUCUUCUGCUCCUACAAUUUCACGUGAAAGUAAUGGUGUUGUUCACAUCAAGGCUUCACACGAUUAUGAUUUAUAUUUCGCACAAGGUGUAGCUGUUGCUCAAGAUCGUUUGUGGCAAUUGGAAUUUAAUCGUAGAUUGUCAAAUGGUAUUUUGGCUGAAGUUGCUGGUGCUGAUGCUGUCAAUGUUGACAGUUGGUUCAGAACUCUCGGAUUUGCUCGUUCUGCUGCCAACAUUUUACCAACCAUUGAUGCUGAAACUCUUUCAUUCAUUCAAGCAUAUUGUGAUGGUAUUAACUCUUAUAUUAAUAGUAAUCCACCACUUCAACCUGAAUUUGUUCUCCUCAACACUAAACCAGUUGAAUGGACUCCAAGUGAUGUUAUUGCUUAUAUGAAGUUUGUUUCAUUCUCUCUUUCUGAUAAUAUGGAAAAGGAAGUUUGGAGAUUCAAGAUGAUGCAAAGAAAUAUCACAAAGGACAGAGUUAACGAAUUGGUUCCUUUCUACCCAACUGAUAUGCCAACUAUUUUGAGUUUGGAAGAAAUGAAUUUGCAAAACGUUCCAGUUGAAGAAAGAGAAAAGAUUGAAAAGGCUCAACAAGAUGAUUCUGCUGCUUUUAUUCCAAAGGCUAUUCACAAUUUGACCAUGUCUGUCAUGGAAGAAAUGUUCGCUUCAUUGGAAGAAUCUGGUGAAUGGGGUAAACAAGCUGUCAGAUCAGUUUUGAAGGGUAUGGUUGCUCCAGAUAUCACUGGUAACAAGGCCUCAAACAAUUGGGUUCUCGGAACCAAGAUUACAGCAAACAAUGGAUCAUUGUUGGCUAACGAUCCUCAUUUGGAUUUGACUGCUCCAGGUAUUUGGUAUUUGGCUCAUUUGGAAGGUCCAACUCACAAUGUUAUUGGUUCUACUUUUGUUGGUCUUCCAGGUAUUGUUAUUGGUAAGAAUGAUUUCAUUUCAUGGGGUGUUACUACUGGUCUUGUUGAUGCUCAAGAUUUGUACGUCAUGUCCGAAGUUGAAGAAGGUAAAACUUACAACUACAAUGGUAAAGUUCUCCAAUAUGAAACUCGUACCGAAACUAUUAAUGUUAAGGGAGCUGCUGCCAAGACUAUUACUGUUAAGGAAUCUGUCUACGGUCCAGUUAUUAAUGACCACUACCAAGUUGAUGGUAACGUUUUGUGUUUGAAGUCUUUGACUACCUACACUAAUGAUACCACACUCCAAGCUUUCCUCAAGUUGAACAGAGAAGCUAAGGAUUGGAACUCAUUUGUUGAUGUUGUCUCCUUGUUCGUUUCCCCAUCCCAAAACUUUGUCUUUGCUGACAAGAGUGGUAACAUUGGUUACUAUUUGGCUGGUUUGGUUCCAAUUAGAAAGGAAGGUCACAAUGGUAGAUUCCCAGUUAUUGGUGAUGGUAGCUAUGAUUGGCAAGGAUUUAUUCCAGCUGCUGAAAAGCCAAGCGUUUACAAUCCAAAGAAGGAUUACAUUGCUUCUGCAAACAACAGAGUUACUCCUGUUGGUUACAAGUACAGUAUUACCCAAGAUUGGUACUCUUUCUAUAGAGCUAGCAGAAUUGUCUCAUUGAUUGAAACUGCUAUUGAAAAGGGAACUCCACUCAAUUUUGAAUACAUGAAGAAGAUGCAACACGACGUUCACUCACCAGUCUUUGAUCAAUUCAAGUUUGUUUUUGAAGCUAUUCCAAAGUUCAGAAAUCUCACUGAAAAUAAGGAAAAGUUGAGAGAAAAGUUGAUUAAUUGGGACGGUGAUGAAAUUUUGUACUCUCAAUCUGCUUCCAUCUUUGAAAUGUGGUACAAGAUUAUGGGUAACCUCACCAAGGUUGAAACUGUCAAUAGAUGGUCUUUCGGUCCAUAUCUUUACAAUGCCUUGAAGAAUGGUGAUAGUGCUUGUGAAAAUUAUCACAACACUACUUGUAUGUUGUUCGCUAUUGACAGCUUUGAAAAUGCCAUUGAUGCUCUUGAAGCCACUUACGGUUCUAUUCCAUUGUGGGGUUCUGAUAUUCACGAAUCUGAAUUCCCUAACCCGGUAAUGGAUAAUACUGUUCUCAAAUGUUUGGCUGGAGCUACUCGUACUACUGUUGGUGGUUCUUCAACCAUUAAUGUUGGUGAAACUCAAUAUCCUGCCCUCAAUUCAAGAUGGGGUGUUUCUUAUAGACAAGUUGUUGAUUGGCGAGGCAAUCAAGCUUCAUUCAUCAUUCCACUCGGUCAAUCUGGUAACUUCUUAUCUCCUCUUUACACCAACUUGUUAGAAAUGUGGUCUGACCCAACUGGUCAAUACUUGGACAUGAAAUCUGCUGGUUACACUGCAACCAAUACCCUUUCUCUUUCCUCUCAAUAAUUUAAAGUCAUUAUUAAAUAAAUAAUCUAGUUUGUAUAUA